GAAUAAAACAUUUACUGAAAAGAUGGGAGUGCAAAUUCCCAAGAGACGAAUGAAAUGAACGAUCCCCACUAUUGGCUCCAAAGCCAGCGCACAAAUGAUUCCACCUUCAGGAACUUUCACUCGCAAACUAUGUACAACCCUCUUCCGCUAUCUCCCACCUACCCGUAAAACCCCUCGAAACUUCCAAACCUCACGCGCUCACUCUUCCAGAAACUUCCACUCACUAAACUCUCACCCUACUGCAAUUCACACUCUCAUCAGGCCCAUUUCCAUCAUUUCCAUUACUCGACAGUCUACAACCGUCGCGCGCGGCAGACGAAGAUCGAGUAUCGCCGGCGUUUCAACCAUGGCCAACGGCGGAGGUAACGGUGACGGUGAAGGUUCCGUUACGUUUCAGUUAACUCCGUCGAGCUUGUUGAAGAUUCAAAAAGGUGAUAUCACUCAGUGGUCCGUAGACGGAUCCUCUGACGCUAUUGUCAAUCCUGCCAAUGAGCGAAUGCUGGGUGGUGGUGGUGCUGAUGGAGCCAUACAUCGAGCUGCUGGCCCAGAAUUACGAGAUGCAUGCUACAAAGUCCCAGAGGUACGUCCUGGAGUUCGCUGCCCAACAGGAGAAGCAAGGAUUACACCAGGUUUUAGAUUGCCAGCUUCUCAUGUAAUCCACACUGUUGGACCAAUAUAUGAUGCUGUCCCAAAUCCUAAAGCUUAUUUGACAAAUUCAUAUAGAAAUAGCCUGCGUGUGGCAAAAGAGAACAACAUUCAGUAUAUUGCUUUUCCUGCCAUAUCAUGUGGGGUCUUCGGAUAUCCUUUUGAUGAAGCUGCCACUGUGGCUAUAUCUACUGUCAAAGAAUUUGGCAGUGGCCUCAAAGAGAGUUGCGGCUUCCUUCAAAGCAUGUUCUGUUUCUCUUCUUCCCCACAGUCCACCAUACACAAACAGGUACACUUUGUGCUGUUUUCAGAUGAAAUUUAUGAUGCAUGGUUGAAGGCAGCGAAUGAACUGUUGCAGAAUUGAUUAGUAUGUUUUUGAGCAUCUGGAAAAUGAAGUUUGUGGUGAUGGAUAUUGGAGAUGCAUAUGACACUUAGAUAUUGAAAUCAAUGAAAUGUCAAAAAGAAGAGUCUGCUGAAUAUGAAUUACUCCAUGUAGUUGUUAUUUUACUACCGAUCCUUGUGAAGCAGAAUAACGCCAUUAUGGGUUUUAGCUCUUAGCUGAGGCUGAUAUUAGCUAGCAAGCUUUCUAUGCACCUAUUUACUGGACUCUGUCAGGAGAAUGAUAAUGUGAAAUAUAGUCAGUUUGGCAAGACUUCAAUUACGUAAUUUAAGGGAUAUUUCUGAAG